UCUUGGUUUGACCUCGGCUGUACUCGUGAGAAGUUUCAGUUGGUGGAAGACAGCCGACUGGAGAGUUUGUCCUUUGUGCCGGUAACUGAAGUUGGGAUUACAGUUUUGGAACAUCACAGCGAGAUUUUCCACUUGCCUUCUCCUAGAUGACUCAAAAAUGCCGACAGGGUCAGUAAGACUGCAAAGUAUCAAGAAGCUGGGGCAGGAAAACCAGAGCUAUGAGGUCACAGGCGAAGAGGCAGCUGGCUCCUAUAUGAGCAUGACUAAUUCCAAGGAGAAGUCAAAAGCUCAGGAGAAGGCAGAGCAACCCGCUAUACGAGUGGGCUUCUUCCAGCUGGAGAGGCUCUCGCCCCCCCGGUACCCCCAACCUGACGCCAGUUGUGUUUGUGUGUGUGUCCGCGUCCAGUUCCGCUUCGCCACCUGUAAGGACGUGCUGAUGAUGGUGGUGGGCGCCCUGUGCGCCGUGCUGCACGGCUCGGCCCAGCCCCUCAUGCUGCUGGUGUUCGGCCUGCUCACCGACACCUUCAUCGAGUACGACAUCGAGCUCAACCAGCUGAGCGACGACAGGAAGGAGUGCGUCAACAACACCAUCCAGUGGAAGAGGAACUACACUGCAGCUUUCAACGAGUCGGGCGCUUUCAUCUUCAGCAACUCCACGCUGGAGAUGUUCGGGCCUCUGAAGAACAUGUCCUGCGGGAUUCUUGACAUUGAACACGAAAUGACCCUGUUUGCCUUCUACUACGUUGGAAUUGGAGCGGCUGUAUUUAUACUAGGAUACUUUCAGAUCUCUCUGUGGGUGACGUCCGCCGCCAAGCAGAUUCAGCUCAUCAGGAAGAUGUAUUUCAGCAAAGUCAUGAGGAUGGAGAUCGGCUGGUUCGACUGCACCUCUGUGGGGGAGCUCAACACCCGCAUGUCAGAUGAUAUAAACAAGAUAAACGACGCCAUUGCAGACCAGGUGGCCAUCUUUGUGCAGCGCUUCACCACCUUUGUGUGCGGUUUCUCCAUCGGGUUUGUGAAAGGGUGGAAGUUAACGCUGGUCAUCAUAGCGGCCAGCCCGUUGAUCGGUAUCGGGGCCGGUCUCAUGGCUCUGUUCGUGGCUAAACUCACCGGGAUGGAGCUUCAAGCCUACGCCAAAGCCGGAGCGGUGGCCGAUGAGGUCCUCUCCUCCAUCAGGACUGUCUCUGCCUUUGGGGGAGAGAAAAAGGAAGUGGACAGAUAUGACAAAAACUUGGUCUCGGCACAGAGAUGGGGUAUCAGGAAGGGUCUGAUAAUGGGCUUUUUCACCGGAUAUAUGUGGCUCAUCAUCUUCCUUUGCUACGCUCUGGCCUUUUGGUAUGGCUCCACUUUAGUGGUAGACGCUGAAGAGUACACACCAGGAACACUAUUGCAGGUAUUUUUUGGAGUUCUGGUGGCAGCCAUGAAUUUGGGACAGGCCUCUCCUUGUCUGGAGGCGUUUGCAGCGGGCCGUGGAGCUGCUACCAUUAUAUUUGAGACUAUUGACAGAGAGCCAGAGAUCGACUGUUUGUCUGAGGCCGGAUACAAGCUUGACCGGGUCAAAGGAGAUAUCGAGUUCCACAAUGUCACCUUCUAUUACCCGUCCAGACCAGAAGUUAAAAUCCUGGACAAGCUCAGUGUGGCAGUGAAGUCGGGGGAGACCACAGCCUUUGUCGGGCCAAGUGGAGCUGGGAAAAGCACUGCGGUUCAACUCAUCCAGCGCUUUUAUGACCCUAAGGAGGGCAUGGUGACCCUGGACGGUCAUGACAUCAGAGGGCUGAACAUCCAAUGGCUGCGCUCCCUGAUCGGCAUUGUGGAGCAGGAGCCCGUGCUGUUUGCCACCACCAUCGCUGAGAACAUCCGCUACGGGCGACCCGGUGUCUCCACGGAGGACAUCGUCACCGCGGCAAAGGAGGCCAACGCCUACAACUUCAUCAUGGACCUGCCGCAGAAAUUUGACACGCUGGUGGGGGAGGGCGGCGGACAGAUGAGCGGCGGCCAGAAGCAGCGGAUUGCCAUCGCGCGGGCGCUGGUCAGGAACCCUCGCAUCCUGCUGCUGGACAUGGCAACGUCAGCCCUCGACAACGAGAGCGAGGCCAUUGUCCAAGAAGCUUUGGAUAAAGUACGCAUGGGCCGCACCACCAUCUCCAUCGCUCACCGCCUGUCCACCAUAAAGAACGCCGACGUGAUAGUCGGCUUUGAGCACGGCCGGGCCGUGGAGAGGGGCAAGCACAACGAGCUGCUGGAGAGGAAGGGCGUGUAUUUCACUCUCGUCACCCUGCAGAGCCAGGGAGACAAGGCUCUGAAUGAGAAGGCCCGGCAGAGUAGGUCACCGGCACUUUCUGAGCCCGGCAGCAUUGGGUCGGUUACAAACUGUGACCAUCCCUUCCCGCUUGUUUUAGUGGCUGACAGCGAACAAGAGGAGCCAGAGAGGCUGAAUCUAUCCCGAGCAGGCAGCUACCGUGCCAGUUUGAGAGCCUCCAUCCGUCAGAGGUCCCGAUCCCAGCUUUCCAACCUGAUCCCAGAAUCCCCCGUUCCUUCGGCUGGCGAUCUGGGCCCCCGGGCCUACUCCAUGUCACAAGAAGAUAAAUACAAGAGUGCCACACCAGAGGAGGAAGAAGAAGACAUUGUGGAACCGGCUCCAGUUGCAAGGAUUCUCAAGUACAAUGUACCAGAGUGGCCAUACAUGCUUUUUGGAUCUUUCGGGGCUGCGAUCAACGGGGGGGUCAACCCUGUUUACUCACUACUGUUCAGUCAAAUCUUAGCGACUUUCUCAGUGGAGGAUCCUGCAGUUCAAAGGAGGGAGAUUGAUGGAAUUUGCCUCUUCUUCGUCUUGGUCGGCGUCAUCUCCUUCUUCACCCAGAUGCUGCAGGGUUAUGCCUUCUCUAAGUCUGGAGAGCUGCUGACCCGCAGGUUACGGAGGAUCGGUUUUCACGCCAUGCUAGGCCAAGAGAUCGGCUGGUUUGAUGAUCACAGGAACAGCCCCGGAGCUCUGACCACGCGUCUGGCAACUGAUGCCUCGCAAGUCCAGGGGGCUACGGGGUCGCAGAUCGGCAUGAUCGUCAACUCUCUGACCAACAUCGGCGUGGCUGUCAUCAUGUCCUUCUACUUCAGCUGGAAGCUCACCAUGCUCAUCCUCUGCUUCCUGCCUUUCAUCGCCCUGUCGGGGGGCUUCCAGGCCAAGAUGCUCACAGGCUUUGCCAAGCAGGACAAGCAGGCCAUGGAAGCUGCUGGACAGGUUUCUGGAGAGGCCUUGAAUAACAUCCGCACCGUAGCUGGUCUGGGCAAGGAGAAGAGCUUUGUGGAAAUGUUUGAGAGACACCUCGAUGCUCCGUACAAGGCGGCCCUAAAGAAGGCCAACGUGUACGGGGCCUGCUACGGCUUUGCCCAGUGUGUGGUGUUCCUGACUAACUCGGCCUCCUACAGAUUUGGAGGAUACUUAGUGAAACAAGAGGGGCUCCAUUUCAGCCUGGUGUUCAGAGUCAUCUCAGCCAUCGUCACCAGCGGCACAGCCCUCGGCAGGGCCUCCUCUUACACCCCCGACUACGCCAAGGCCAAAAUAUCAGCCGCACGUUUCUUCCAGCUGCUGGACCGCGUGCCAACAAUCAGCGUCUACAGCGAUAAGGGAGACAAAUGGAAUAACUUCCAAGGGAACAUUGAGUUCAUUGACUGUAAGUUCACGUACCCAACCAGGCCAGACAUCCAGGUGCUGAACGGACUGAACGUGUCAGUUAAACCUGGCCAGACUCUGGCCUUCGUGGGCAGCAGCGGCUGUGGGAAGAGCACCAGCGUGCAGCUCCUGGAGAGGUUCUAUGAUCCUGACAAUGGCAAAGUGCUGAUUGAUGGGCACGACUCAACGCGUGUCAACGUGCCCUUCCUUCGCUCCAAAAUUGGCAUCGUCUCCCAGGAGCCCAUUUUGUUUGACUGCAGCAUUGCAGAGAACAUCAAAUACGGCGACAACUCGCGGGAAAUCAGCAUGAACGAGGUCAUCUCGGCUGCCAAGAAGGCCCAGCUUCACGACUUUGUCAUGGCGCUCCCUGAGAAAUACGACACCAACGUGGGCUCUCAGGGCUCCCAGCUGUCUCGUGGUCAGAAGCAGCGCAUCGCCAUCGCCAGGGCCAUCAUACGAGACCCGAAGAUCCUGCUGCUCGAUGAGGCCACCUCCGCCUUGGACACAGAGAGCGAGAAAACGGUACAGGAAGCCCUGGACAAAGCCAGAGAGGGUCGGACGUGCAUCGUCAUCGCCCACCGCCUCUCCACCAUUCAGAACUCUGACAUCAUCGCCGUCAUGUCCAGGGGCUUCGUGAUCGAGAAGGGAUCGCAUGAACAGCUCAUGGGCCUGAAGGGAGCCUACUACAAACUGGUGACAACGGGAGCACCCAUCAGCUAGCCGCUCACAAACACAGGCUGCUACUGAAAAUGCUCUUUCUGUAGCCAAAGUAAAGCAUUCACUCUCCAUGAUGGGAUCCUCACAAGAAGAGAGGGUUUGCAUGACUGGCAUGCCCCAUUUUUGAAGAAGACAACUAUCAAUUUACCACAUUCUGCUGCAACACAAGUUUUUAUGAAUGAUGUGUUUAUAAAGCACUGGUUUCCAAUAACUGGUAACGGAGAGAAAUAAUUAAAGUACCUUACUCUCCCAUUUGACUACCAAAACAUUUAACCCAACUAACCUAUAUUCUGUAACAGUCCCAAUUUACAAUGAGAACGUGAUCAUCUAUCAGGUGUGAAAGUGGAUGCCUGAUGUAUAUCUUGGAGAAAUGUAUCACUAUUUUAAAAGGAAAGUUUAACAUUUCAUAAAGUGCAGCUUUUCACUGGUGUGUUACAGCCCACGAUGCCAGUGGAACGUGUUUUUACUAAGUAAAUAUAGGCUAAUUUCAUAUAUAUCUUAUUGUUCAUUAAUGAAAAGUCAAAAUACAAAUAAAAUAAUGCCUAUAUAAUUCUUUUGUACAGUCAGAAUUCACAUUUAUUAUAUGUAUAUGCAUUUCCUCUAAGCAAUUUUUAAGGAAAACUGGAAAGAGUUUUUCUGAGAGGCAAUUAAAGACUUGAAUCAAUAAUUUGUUGAUUUGGUUUAAGCUUGUUUAAUAAAGAAGCCUGCCAAA